GCAGAGAGACAAUAAUUCUCCUUUCCUUGGAAAACCCCAUUUGCUAUUGUGCUCGUCCAAUCGCUGGAUGCCCUCGGCUCGUUACGCGUUUGACUUGACGUUUCACUGUACUACUGCUUCCGUCUCCCUCUCCUCCCGCUGGCACCGAGGAGAUCCCCGUCCCGUCUCUGCCAUGACUCCUCAUCCGAUCACAGCGCAAAGGCAGCGGCGCUUGAAAUGACUGCUGGGACUUUCGGUCGCCUAAACGCUCGAUCAAGAGAGGAUUCGCUUGGUUUUUGCGUAAAAAACACCGUGAGCUCGGGAAAACAUGCAGGAGAAGCUGACGGACAACCAGACUCCCACUUCAUCGAGGGCGUCGUCGUUUUUCAUCGAGAAUCUGCUGGGCACGGGGCGGAAUAGGCAGGAUUCUGCGUCGGACAGCAGUCGAGGGGAUGCUGGUGUGGAGACCGUCUCUAACGGCCGAGUCCUGAACUCACAUCACGCCGACACCAGCGCUCCGGUUCCCGAUGGCUCCAGCUCCACAGCCCGGUCCCCAUACAGAGACUCGCCGUUGCAGUGGUACCGCGGGGGGACCACUGCCUUGAACUCCAGAGCUUUGGAAACACCACACAGUCCAAGGGAUAACACAAACUCAGAGGACCACUGCUGCUCUAUAUCGACCAGUGACAGAGGUUCCCCUGCGGUGUCUGAGUCGAUAACGGAGGGCAGCGACGAAACCGACAGGAAAACGGGCGACAGCAACCUGGUGGACGACAACGAGGACGCGCAGAACGGGUUGGACGCGCGGUCAGAGCAAGACGCUUCCUCUGACCCGAGCUCCACCCGGAAGAAAAAGACCCGAACUGUGUUUAGCCGCAGUCAGGUGUUUCAGCUAGAGUCCACCUUCGACGUGAAGCGGUACCUGAGCAGCUCAGAGAGAGCGGGGCUGGCAACGUCCCUCCACCUGACGGAGACGCAGGUCAAAAUCUGGUUCCAGAACCGGAGGAAUAAAUGGAAGAGACAGCUGGCGGCGGACCUGGAGGCUGCACAUAUCCCAAACUCAACCCAGCGGAUUGUCAGAGUCCCCAUCUUGUAUCACGAGGGACCCGCACCCACUGCAACGCUGGGUUUCAACUUGAACGGACAUCAAGUCUCUGCACCCGUCGCGGGCUUCUCCAACUCCAUCAACUACCCUCUGUCCUCGUUUGCUCACUCCAUGAGCAUGUUGAGAUCACAGAUGACCGGCUUGGUGUAAAGACUGAUAUAUCAAACUGUUCUGUUUGUUAAUAUAAAUUCACCCUAUUGAUACUGUGCAAUAACCCACAAUGCCGCAAGAAAACUGCUGACUGCAUCCAAAGAUAAGAGCCGCAGAGACCGUAAUAAAAACACUAAAUAAUGACUCUUCUCUAUAUUUCUGUUUAUAAGCCUCUGCAAGAGUCUCUUCUCUUGUAACAGUAUAGACUAUAAUAAACAGUGAAGCAUGGAGGCCGAAGCUGUUCAUGUACUGUUUGAAUACACACAUAUUUUUGCAAACUUUUAUAUUUAAAGCC